UGUGUGUGUGUGUGUGUGUGUGUGUGUUUUUCUGUGUGUGAGGGCGGUCCAGGAGCUACAUCCUCCCGCCGGCAUCCGCAGCAGGACCGCUGCCAUGACUGGACAUGUUUGCCUGGACCGGACCUCGAUUUCCUUCCCACCCCCCCCCCAACCCCCACCGUCCGUCCACUCGUGUUUUUCGCCUCGCCUCGUCUCGCAGUGCCUCGCGCAGUGGGCUGCUGCUGCUGAGCGGACGGAUGCGAUGGAUCAUGUGCGUGGGGAACCGGCGCGCCGUCUUUUAGCGUAAGGAUGCUGCGGGGACGCUGCGCGCGUGCAGGACCUAGCAGCUGGUAGCCAGCCAGUAGAUGUGGAUUGGGAAUGGGAGCUGAGAGGCGCAGCAUCUGGACCUGAGUCGCCCAUGCGAACGUCUAAAAGAAAAUGCCUAGAGAAAAAGCCAUCAAAGCCCUCAGCUAGCUGAAUGUGUAAUGUAGCCCCCCGCCUACUGCCCCCUUGGUUUCUUCUGCAUCUUCCAUCAAGGUAAGCGGUAGGAUGGUGGGGGGAGAGGCAAGCGGGCACAGCUACUUGGUGGCCUGCUGGCAGCCCAUCCUGAUUUUGAUGCUGGGCACGGUGCUGUCAGGUUCCGCCACCGGUUGCCCGUCCCGUUGUGAGUGUAACGCCCAGGAGCGCUCGGUGGUGUGCCACCGCAGGAAGCUGACAGCCAUCCCCGAUGGCAUCCCCACAGAGACCCGUCUGCUGGACCUCAGCAAGAACCGACUUAAGGUCAUUAACCCAGAGGAGUUCGCUGGCUACCCGCACCUGGAGGAGCUAGAACUGAACGAGAACAACAUCUCGAGCAUCGAGCCUGGGGCCUUCGGCAACCUUUACGGCUUACGGACGUUGGGCCUGCGGAACAACAAUCUGAAGCUCAUUCAGCUGGGUGUUUUCACGGGCCUCAAUAAUCUUACCAGCCUGGACAUUAGUGAGAACAAAAUUGUUAUCUUGCUGGAUUACAUGUUCCAGGACCUGUACAAUCUGAAGACUCUGGAGGUGGGUGACAAUGACCUGGUCUUCAUAUCCAACAGAGCCUUUCAUGGUCUCAGUAGUUUGGAGCAGCUCACACUCGACAAGUGCAAUCUGACCUCUGUCCCCACAGAGGCAUUUGCCCAGCUCCACAACCUCAUCACCCUCAAGAUACGGUACCUCAACAUCAAUAUAAUCAGGGAUUACUCAUUCAAACGGCUGUACCGGCUCAAAAUCUUGGAGAUUGAUAAUUGGCCAUAUCUGGAUACGAUGACUUCCAACUGCCUCUAUGGGCUGAACCUCACCUCAUUGACUAUCACUAACUGCAACUUGAGUGAAGUUCCUUAUUUUGCUAUACGGCACCUUGUGUACUUGCACUUCCUGAACCUGUCUUUUAACCCCAUUCAAACCAUAGAAGGGAACAAACUCCAUGACCUGCUGCGCAUCAAAGAGUUUCAUCUAGUUGGUGGCAGGUUGGUAGCCAUAGAACCCUACUCCUUCCGGGGACUAAGCUAUCUUAGGAUACUCAACGUUUCCAACAACCACCUGACUUCUUUGGAGGAGUCUGCUUUCCACUCUGUGGGUAACCUGGAGACCCUGGCACUGCAUAAUAACCCCCUGGCUUGUGACUGUCGGCUGUUGUGGGUCUUCCGUCGACGCUGGAGGCUGAACUUCAACAAGCAGCAACCCACUUGUGCUUCACCUGAGUAUGUGCGAGGGAAGGAGUUCAAGGACUUUCCGGAUGUCCUCCCACCAAACUACUUUACCUGCACCAAGUCGAAAAUUCUGGACCACAAGGGCCAGCAGAAGUUUGUGGAUGAAGGGACCACCAUCCACUUCACCUGCCAGGCAGAGGGUGAUCCUGCCCCUGUAAUCAUGUGGCUCUCCCCACGGAAGCAAUUAAUCACUGUCAAAACCACUGGGCGACGAACGGUGCUCCCUGAUGGCACGCUGGAGGUGCGAUAUGCCCAGAUCCAAGACAAUGGCACCUAUGUGUGCAUCGCCAGCAAUGCAGGGGGCAAUGACUCCACUCUUGCUCACUUGUUUGUACGCAGCUACUCUCCAGGGUGGCCCCACCAGCCCAAUAAGACGUUUGCCUUCAUCUCCAACCAACCUAAUGACAGCAGUGGCAACGAGACCAAGGCUACAGUCCCGUUCCCCUUUGACAUGAAGACCUUAAUAAUUGCAACCACUAUGGGUUUCAUUUCCUUCCUUGGCGUCGUUCUGUUUUGUCUCGUGCUCUUGUUCCUUUGGAGUAGAGGCAAGGGCAACACAAAGCCAAACAUCGAGAUUGAGUUUGUGCCCCGCAGGUCAGAUACGGAUGCGAACAGCAGCGGGGAUGCCCCUCGCAGGAUCAACAUGAAAAUGAUUUGAAAGAACUAGAGAAUGGGCAUACAUAUGGAACAUAAAACCAUAAAAAAGGGAAGAAAACUGGAAAAAAAACUGAAUUUUUGUCAGAAACAUCCCAGGAUUCUGCACUGUUUUUUUUUUUUUCUUUUUUCGACUCAACGUGCUGUCAUUAAACUGUAUACUGAAUUUAUGAAAUAGAGAAAUAAUGACGUAGAGUUUUCCCAUUCCACCCCAGAUUUAAUCUGACAAAUU